CUCUCUCUGUUGCUCCCCAGCCCCAACUUCAACUCUCCAGCUGGUGUUCGGCAUCAAGUUCAGAACGUAAGCACCCUGCACCCCAAAAACCUAGCAAGUUUUCCCUUGCCACACCAAGCUCCCAGAUUCACUCCAGAUUCCAUCUGCCUCCCACUACGGUUUCUCCCUUUCUUUCUACUCUCCCUCCUCUCUUCCAGGAUGGUUGGUGCAGAGAAUGGGCAAUUGCUCAGAGCUAGGCAAACCUUAUUAUCACUGUACCCACCAGCUCUAUACAGCUGAAGAAGCUGAGGUCCAGAGGUCUUGCCCAAGGAUACACAGGCAGGGACAGGAUGGCCGGAAGCCUGAUUCCCCACCCUGCCCACAGCACUGGCUUUCUCCUCAUAGAGACUGAGACUGACUCUAUUUGGACCCUGAGGAAGAAAAGUAUUCAUCUCCGCUCCACCCUCUGCUGGCAUCCAGUUAGAAGGCUCUCUCUGGCUAUCUAUACCAGCCACUGCAGCAGGCAGCCUCUUCCUCACUACCCCUUCCUCCCACUACAAUACGUAUAAACUUUUAGGAGCAAAGGAUUCUCCUAUCUAAGAUAGAAUUUCGACUUUAAUUAUCCAUCCAAACCCCCACUAACCAAAAGUUAUAACCCUGUGAUCCUCCCAGCCCUGCACUACUCCUACACAUGUGCCAUGGAUGGGUUUGUGCCACUGUGACACCCCCAAAAUCUCUCCCCUUGUCUUUCCUAUCAGGAGUCAUGCCCCCCAUGAGCCCUCAAGUUGUGCCCACCACAGAAUGACAGAAACUCUACAACUCAAUUCCACCUUCCUACACCCAACCUUCUUCAUACUGACUGGCUUUCCAGGGCUAGGAAGUGCCCAGACUUGGCUGACACUGGUCUUUGGGCCCAUUUAUCUGCUGGCCCUGCUGGGCAAUGGAGCACUGUUGGCAGUGGUGUGGAUAGACUCCACACUGCACCAGCCCAUGUUUCUACUCUUGGCCAUGCCAGCAGCCACAGACCUGGGCUUAGCCACAUCUAUAGCCCCAGGGUUACUGGCUGUGCUGUGGUUUGGGCCCCGAUCUGUGCCAUAUGCUGUGUGCCUGGUCCAGAUGUUCUUUGUACAUGCACUGACUGCCAUGGAAUCAGGUGUGCUUUUGGCCAUGGCCGGUGAUUGUGCUGUGGCAAUAGGGUGUCCACUGCACUACCCUGUCCUGGUCACCAAAGCCCAUGUGGGUUAUGCAGCCUUGGCACUGGCACUGAAAGCUGUGGCUAUUGUUGUACCUUUCCCACUGCUGGUGGCAAAGUUUGAGCACUUCCAAGCCAAGACCAUAGGCCAUACCUAUUGUGCACACAUGGCGGUGGUAGAACUGGUGGUGGGUAACACAAGGGUCAACAAUUUAUAUGGUCUGGCACUUUCACUGGCCAUCUCAGGUAUGGAUAUUCUGGGUAUCACUGGCUCCUAUGGACUCAUUGCCCAUGCUGUGCUGCAGCUGCCUACCCGGGAGGCCUGUGCCAAGGCCUUUGGUACAUGUAGUUCUCACAUCUGUGUCAUUCUGGCCUUCUACAUACCUGGUCUCUUCUCCUACCUCACACACCGCUUUGGUCAUCACACCGUCCCAAAGCCUGUGCACAUCCUUCUCUCCAACAUCUACUUGCUGCUGCCACCUGCCCUCAACCUCCUCAUCUAUGGGUCCUGCACCAAGCAGAUCAGGAACCAACUCCUGGACACCUUCACAUUCAGAAAAAGCCCGUUAUAAUGUCCAGUGGUAACAAUGGAGCCUAAGAGUGGAGGUGAGGGGACACUCGGAGGGGAGUCUGGGGGU